CAAGUAAAAUGGAAGAUGAAAAUGUCUUUGCUAUGAAUAAGGUGCUUUCAAAAUCAGGUCAGCUUCUAGGGUUGACAGAUUUUGAACAGCUUUAUCGAGAAAAAUGAAAUUCAACUGUCUAUGAUAUAUAAUAAACAGAAAGGAACAACACUGACAUCAUACCUGGAGGAACAAUAUAAUGAGACAAAAACCUCAGUGGAGCGUGAGAAAGACUGUAAAGCUAAAAAGGACGCACUCGACAUCUGCACAGAUGCUAUUAAACUGUGCUCUGAGCUCACCGAGAUUGCAUCUGAAGGGAAAUGCGAUGCAGCCGAGGCCAAAAAUAUGUCUAAAAGAAUGCAGAAUCUUCUUACAAAAACUCAGAAAUUUGACACUCUGAACAAAGCUUUCACAAACACACCAGCAUUUAUACCUCAACCCCCACAGCAAGCUAAGGAAAGUAGGAAUAAACGGGCAGGUGAUAUGGCGGUGGAGAAUGCUCGUUUCCACAUAGAGCAGAGUCGAGUCCAACUGAACAAGAUGAGAGAGAAGAAAACAGAGAGUUUGGAAAACCUGGAGAAAAACCAGAAGGAGCUGACAGAGAUCUUAAUCACACUGAGAAACUGUGAAGUAAAAGAGAUUGACUUCAACACCACCAUUAAAAUGCUGGUCAAAGGUCUAGAUGCCAUGGGAAGAGUGAAGGAGCAGUGGGAGAAGAUGCUCCUGGACCUGCCCACUCUCCUGAAGACCAAUAGUGCAUGACAGGGUCCUGCUUUUGUUUUAACUUUUAACCAUGAUGGCGUUGAAUAGGGCAAUAUAAAUAACAAAGGGACAUUACAUAACGAUUAUCAGAUUUUUGUAGGAUCUAUUGGCUUGUGUUCCAGGGAGCAGUCUUGUUCAGUAGUAGUCUCAAAUGUGAGUGAAGCGCUCGCGCUUACCUUGUAUUGGUUCUGCUCUGUGUACUGGAUGCAUAGACUGGGUGCUUUCUGUUGAGAUGUUGAAUCAU